ACUCGCGCAUAAGCACACAAACGCACAAGGCCCGCGGUUCAGAAUUCCCGGGUCAAACUAACACGUGGUCCAACGUCACGGCAGAGAUCAGCACCUCGGACAGCGGUGCUGUCAAUGCGCAGCAAAAAGGUAGAUAUUUUUCCCCUCGCGGAGAGAGAUCGGGCAAGGAAAUAUUGAUUGCGAGAAUAGGGGGGGAAACAAACCAACUGCAACAUUUUGAAAUACAGACGAUGCUUCGUUUAGCAUGCUAUUUUGAAACAAGGAGCGGCGCAGGUCCACUCUCAAAGUCAUUAAUUUCGACGAGAGAACCGAAAUGUCGAUUUUAUUGCUCUUUUAUUGCUAAAAAUGUUUUAAUCGCUAUAGUUAUUGUUUUAAUUUUCUUUAGAGCGAAUGUGCAGCACGUCGGCGUCACCGUGCCACUCUAAAAGAGGAAUUCGCCGUUUUCCUUUUUUGGUUGAAUCAUCUUUCCGUUGUGUGCCGUGCAGGACCAUUGCAGAAGGGAAAAAAUCAUGAUGGAUAUUCGAGGCAAAAGGAAUACGCGCUUUACUCCCCGUUUUCGGUGUCGCGUCCGAUCCGAUUUAAAAUGCAAACACGUUGGAUUGUGAAUCGCGUCUCGGCGGUGUUCGGCGAGGGGACAGAGUGGGACGGAUUCUCAGUUGAUCCCCCAGAAAAAAAAUACAGGAAACAACAGAGAAGACUCACCAUGAUCUAAUAGCCGGGAUGCUAUCGAGAGACAAACAAAAGAAAGAUUGUUACGUUUGAUUCCAUCUCUCAGUAUUGAUAUCCUGUCUCUUUGGAUUAUGGUGCUGGAAGUGGCAUCCAGAUAUGCCUGUGUGGAUCUAUUGAUAACAUUGUAUUUUUGUCUGUUUUUUAAGUGCCAUUUUCAAUUUUCCUUGUUCCUCUGUCGCUCACUCUCUCACUUGCUUUCUGUCUCGCGGUCUUCUGCUUUGUAUAACAGAAUACUGAACUACCGAUGCAAAACCAAGAUUCGCAGAUAUACCACAGUCAACAGGCUCUAAAAUAUUAAUAAGAUACUUUAUGAUAAUCAUUAUUAUCCGCGAAUUUAAUAUUGGCGAAUCAGCACAACAUUAUUUUUCGAAAUCAGAUUGCUAUUGAGAAGGAGCCCGUCUGUUCAUGGGGUAAAAAGCGUGUACCCGCUCCCCACAUUGGUUUAUACAAAUGCCAUCAGUUGAACUACAGAACGUUUAUCUUACUUACGAGCUCUUUUUGAAUAUUUAUUGACCGACUUCUUUCUUGCACAGUAGUCUUACUUCUGUACUCCUCCGAUUUUGUUCUUGCAAUGACCCACAAUAUUUCACCGUUGACUUGAUCAGAUAUAUACUAUUAAUAAUAAUAAUAAUAAUAAUAAUAGUAAUACAUAAAACCUGCAGGUGUAGUAUUACAAAUACUGCUCAAACGAUAUAGCUAUUGCUUAGGCUAUAGGCUAUACCCAAUUUCCGUCUAUUCCCCUCCCAAACGCAGAUGUAGUAAAAAAUGUUUAAGUAUCGGAUCCGCAUGUUUUUCAACGAACUGAAAGUACUGGUUUUGAUGCGGUCCGAUACCAGUCGGCCUGACAACGACGUAGACCCAGAUAGACGAGCAAGCAUGCGGGGACUCGGCAUGGGCGGCUGCGGGUGGCCGCCUUUCGGCGACUGUUCUUCCCGGGACGACGAGGAGGAGUACUACGGGACGGACCCUCGGCCGCGGAGCCUAGCUUUUGAGGAGAAAGAUCCGAAGCUGCAACCGGGCCUAGACGCCGUGUCGCUCACGAGCAGCAUGGACAGCGGUAUUCGCACUCCCCAGUGCCGGAUCUGUUUCCAGGGUCUUGAGCAGGGGGAGCUGCUGAGCCCUUGUCGCUGCGACGGCUCCGUGCGCUGCACCCACCAGCCCUGCCUGAUUCGCUGGAUCAGCGAGAGGGGGUCGUGGAGCUGCGAGCUCUGCUACUUCAAGUACCAGGUCCUGGCUAUCAGCACCAAGAACCCGCUGCAGUGGCAGGCCAUCUCCCUGACGGUGAUAGAGAAGGUGCAGAUCGCGGCCAUCAUCCUGGGCUCCCUGUUCCUCAUCGCCAGCAUCUCCUGGCUGGUCUGGUCGUCCCUCAGCCCCUCGGCCAAGUGGCAGCGGCAGGACCUGCUCUUCCAGAUCUGCUACGGCAUGUACGGCUUCAUGGACAUCGUCUGCAUAGGCCUUAUAAUCCACGAGGGGUCGUCAGUGUAUCGGAUCUUCAAGCGCUGGCAGGCCGUGAACCAGCAGUGGAAGGUGCUGAACUAUGAAAAGGCCAAGGACCUGGGGGACCCAAUCAGCUCGAGCAGCAAGGCCGGGGGGCGGGGCUCGCGGGGCAACCCCCACGGCGCGGCCGGCGGCGACAGGGGAGGGGGGCGGGGCCAGCGCGUAAGGACUAUUCUCAACCACCACUGUGGCUACACCAUCCUGCACAUCCUGAGCCAGCUGCGGCCCAACGACCACCGGCUCGGGGCCACGUCCAACCGGGAGGUGGUCAUGAGAGUCACCACCGUAUGAGGCUGGGGAUCCGGGAGCGUGCAGGGGAGACGGACUCGCUCAGCGGCGCCCCCUGCUGGCUCCCCCAGUGACACCCGUUGCCUUGAGAGGAGCUGGAACCCGCCAUUCCUCACAGCGUUCCUGUGUUCCUGGAAUGGACAGCAACAAACAAACAAACAACAAAAAAAAAAAACAACCGGAAAACGCAAAGAAUCAAAAAGACGGCUGCACAUUUUCAAGUGCUGUGAAACGAACAGGAAAAAAAAAAACUAAAAGAAAAAUGCUCACAAAUGAACGAACGGUUAAAAAAAAAUUCAGACGAAAAAAAAACUGAAGUGCAGGAGAUUUUUUUCCAUCUCCUUGAAGCUAGAAUACACAAAGCACUGUCAUUUCCUCUUUCGUGUUCUGUUUUUCCUUUGGUUCAUUAUUAUAAUUAUUAUUAUUAUUAUGAUUAUUAUUAUGAUUGUUGUUUUUUUACUGGCUUUGGUUUUAUAAGGGAAUACGUUUAAAAGGAAUUGCAAACUGCCUGCCAUUACUUCUCCCCUUUCCCUCUGAUGCCUCCUGUUAAGCCCCUCCCACUCCGGCUCUGUGGUGCUACUGUGGGCGUGGCUGCGGAGGGGACAGACAGGAAGCUGAGGACAGGCAGGAAGUCAGGGACAUUAAUUAUUCCCUGCACACCUCUGCCAGAGAGCCCAUAAACAAGUACAAAAAAAAAAAAACAUUAAAAAAGAUAAUUAUGAGAGUGUUUCCUUGGAAGGGGAGAGAGGGUACAGGGAAAUAGAGGAACCGUGGUAUUGAAAUACAAACAGCUAAUCUUCUCGGCAAUAAAGAUUCCUGUACAUUUCACAGUGAA